CGAAAGGCUUAUUAAGCACGGAGUAUGAUCUAAACCGAUUCCUCCCCUUUAGGUGCAAUAGAACUGAACAACUCUCUCCCUAAUUUCUUUCCUCUUUUUGUGGCGCCUACUCCAACGGCAAACCCUCUUCAUUGAUACACACUCCUGCUCCUCAACAAUAUGCAGCACCCAAGCACCGAAGCUUUCUUUUCCUUCUCCUGCUUCUCUCGGUUCCCGGCAGUAAGACCGUCGAUCCUUCCUUGUCCUCCUUCAACCUGCCGCCAAAUUGGUUUCUCCCUUCCAUCGAAAGAAAAUUGGGGAAGAACAAGCUUGAGGUGAAUUGGAGUCGCUAAUUUGGAUUCCGGUAAGUGUUUAUAUCUUCCAUAAUUAUUAUUCUGUGACAACUCCUGUACCCAUUUCAAAAAUGGGGUACCGUACCUAACACUCACUUGAUUUGUUCAAAUCAUUACAUCAUUUUUAAUUUAGAUUUAAAUAAUUCAACUACAUCAUUUUGAUUGGUCCAUGGACAAAGGUAUAGGUACCAUAGAAUCUACCUUAUUAUUUUCCCUAUUUUGAUUCACACACAAAUAUUCCUUUCUGGCUAGUCGGACUGGAGUGCCAUCUGGCCAGGCCGGAUAUGAGUGUCUUCAGGCUACAUGUCUUCAGGUGGUUCAGGUGGUAUUUUUGCUGUAAUUUUUUAAGCAUGUUUCUCAUGUGUAGAUUAUGUGUAAUUUUUAGGCUACCUCGUCUUGAGGUGGUUCAGGCCGGAUAUGAGUGUCGUCAGGCUACCGAAUUUUAGCUGAACAUUCAAUCCUGAAGGCAACCAAAUAAAUUUUUGAAAGCAACCGCAAUUUAUAUGCAUAUUUUGCUGCGGUUAUCUUCAAAAAAUUCACUGUCUGCCUUUCUGAUUGAAUUUUUAGCUAAAAUUUGAUGGACAUAAUCUACUCUUCAUGGGUAAUAUAUUCACUAAAUUUCAGCAAAAAAUAUCACAUGGAACCACCUCAAAACGAGGUUACGGACAUCAUUCCUGUCUGGUCAUAAUGUUUGUAUUGGUAUUCUAUAAGACUCGUGCUCAUACCCAUCCUUCCGUCCAAAAAUAUAAUAAGACUAUUUGAUAUGCACUUGCGGUCAUAUCUCGUGUAAUAGGAAUAGAUAAAUAAAGUUGGUCUAGUUUCUUUUGAUCUCCCUUACUGUAAUCAUAAGCACGUGUAUGAUUGAUGACUAUUCAUUUGUUCUAGUAAACAAGAAGACUGAAACUGCCCAAUUCAAUUAAAAAAAGCAAGGAAAGAAUAUUAUAAGACAAGUUAAUCUAAUAGUCCUUUAUUUGGAGUCAAUGGGAGAUAUGAAAGUGGAUUUUAAAAAAAAAUGUCUUAGCCAGACCCAUUAUAGUAAUGGUUGGAGUAAUAUUUGAUAAUGUGUGAACAUGUGUAUUUACGUACAAUAUGAAUCCUUAUGUGAAAUGGUAUUUAUUAGUAAAAGUAAUAUGGUUUUCAGAUCAAGUAAUUUUGUAUUUUCCUACCGACUAAAUAUGUAUAUGUGUGUGUAUGUGUUUGGGGAUGCUAUACAUAUGAUUAGUUAAUAUGGUCUAUGUUAACUACCUUAUAUUUGAAGCUGAGAUCUUGUUUACUACGGAGUACCUUAUAUUUGAGAGUGAGAAUUUCAAAAGUGUUAAUUUAGAUAAAUUAAGAAGAGAAAAAAUCCAGCAAGAGAUUGUCUGCAAGAAAGUGGGGAUGCAUCAACUUGGUCUAUGCGUUUCAAAAUUAGUAGCAGUUAUUCCUAAUUAGUAUGGAGGGAUAUUUUAGUUAUACAAUAAAAGAUUUUUUUGAACUUAAAUAACUAAAAAUGUUCAGUACUACGUAAUAUUUUUAUCCAUCACUUUUCUGCAAUAAUAUUAAUAAAAAAAUUAAAAAAUAAUCCAGGCCGGAUUAUAAAAAAUUAGAGUAUAUAAUCCGAACACAGGUAAGUGAUCGUUAAGCGGACAAAACAAAUCAAAAUGAAAUAUAUAUAUAUUAUAUAUAGGGACUGGUUCAUGUGAGAAAGGACUUCCAUGAGAGAAAUGAGAAUGAAUCUGAAUCGUUGGAUUGUAUUAUGUAAAAUUGAAUUGUGCAUUUGGUAAAAUUGAAAUGUGCAUUAAGUGAAAUUUAAAUGUGAAAAAGAAAAGUAAACCUCAAAUGUGCAUUACGAGAAAUUGAAAUGUGCAGAAUAAAAGGCACAAAAAUGCCACCGCAUCGUAGUUUUUAUUCUGCACAUUUCAGUUUCAUCUAGUGCACAUUUCAGUUUCCCAUUAUGCACAAUUCAGCUUCACAUAAUACCACUGUGUCUUACCUUUGGUGUUGCACAUUUCGAUUUCAGCUAAUGCACAUUUCAAUUUCACUUGAUGCACAUUCAAUUUCACAGAAUACAAUCUAACGGUCCAGAUUCAUUCUCAUUUCUCUCCUAAGAUCAUUUUCUCACUUGAACCUAAUUCUAUAUAUAUAUAUAUAUAUAUAUAUAUAUAUAUAUAAAUAAUAUAUGCUUAAAAUAGAUAGAUAAGAGAUCAAAUACAAACCAUGUUUAAAAUACUAACCUACAAACUCAAUAAUAUGCAACACUUUGAACUUCAAUAUGCAAUACAAAUAUUAUGCAACACUUUGAACUUCAAUAUGCAAUACAAAUAUUAUGCAAUACUUUGAACUUCAAUAUGCAUUACAAAUAAUGUAAAGAUGCACAGUUUGUGAUAGUUUGUAGGUUAGCAUGAGAGGACUAUCACAAACUGUGCAUCUUAACAUUAUUUGUACUGCAUAUUGAAGUUCAAAGUAUUGCAUAUUAUUUGUAUUGCAUAUUGAAGUUCAAAGUGUUGCAUAAUAUUUGUAUUGCAUAUUGAAGUUCAAAGUGUUGCAUAUUAUUGAGUUUGUAGAUUAGUAUUUUAAACAUGGUUUGUAUUUGAUCUCUUAUCUAUCUAUUUUAAGCAUAUAUUAUAUAUAUAUAUAUAUGGGUGAGAUCACAUACAAACUAGUCCUCUCAUGCUAACCUACAAACUAUCAAAAACUGUGCAUCUUUACAUUAUUUGUACUGCAUAUUGAAGUUCAAAGUAUUGCAUAAUAUUUGUAUUGCAUAUUGAAGUUCAAAGUGUUGCAUAAUAUUUGUAUUGCAUAUUGAAGUUCAAAGUGUUGCAUAAUAUUUGUAUUGCAUAUUGAAGUUCAAAGUGUUGCAUAUUAUUGAGGUUGUAGGUUAGUAUUUUAAACAUGGUUUGUAUUUGAUCUCUUAUCUAUCUAUUUUAAGCAUAUAUAUAUAUAUAUUAGAAAUCUUCAGGUCUGGAAUUCCGGACCAGAACCGCCUUCCGGACGACAGCGUUUAGGUUACUUCCCAGGGGAAUUUUUGGAUGAAUUUUUUUGGGAGUGUUUUUCAUCAAGUCUAGUUUAUCAACAAAACAUUUCAGCUAAAAUGUCAAUCGGGAAGGCAGUUAAAUAAUUUUUGGAAGAUAACUGCGUUUUAUAUGUAUAUUUUGGCGCAGUUAUUUUUCACAAAUUAUUUGACUGCCUUCCCGAUUGAAUUUUUAACUGAAAUAUUUUGUGGAUAAACUAGACUUAAUGAAGAACAUGCCCAAAAAGUUUCAUUAAAAAUUCCACCGGGAAGGGGCCCAAACGCUGCCGUCCGGACGGCGGUUCUGGUCACAAUGGCCUGACUGAAAGAGUACUCUCUCUCUCUAUAUAUAUAUAUAAAAUAAAGGUAUUUGUUAUAUCUAUCUCAAAAAAAAUGGAAGAGCUGAAUAAAAUAACAGAAAUCCUAUUCUUAUGCUCUGCAAGUUUGAAUAUAGUCAGUCUUCAGCUAAUUCUUCACCAAACUCUAUGAAAAUAGAGAACCCCAACAAUUUUAUUUCAUUUCAAAACUUGUUAACCAACUGAUUCUGCCAGAUUCAUUUACAUCACAUGCAUGUCUCCUGAAAGAUCAAACCUUGAGAUUGCUUUUGUGGCUAGCUAGGCACACGGAAUUGAAAACUCCAUGAGAGAAGUCAUAGAAACUGUGGAGAGAGCUUUACCUCAAGAUAAGGGACUCAUCCCUUGCAAAUCCCUUUUUGAGAUGUUACGUUCUGCAAUAUCAUUCAAUGCUAAUCAAGAAUGCAGAGAUGGACUGGAGUUGAGAAUUGGGAAACAGCUUGACCAGUCAACGGUCAAGGAACUACUUCUCAUAUUUCAUGUCCCGGAAGAAAAGUAUGACACUGAGUGUGUGAAGAGGAUGUUGAAGAUCUAUUAUGACAACUACACGAGUUCGGAGUUUUCGGGCUUCGUUAAAGUGGCAAACCUCAUGGAGGAAUUCUUGUGCGAGGUCGCGAGUGACAUAGACCUAAAAAUGGACACAUUUGCUUCACUUGCGGACCUAUCUGCUUCCGUUUCGAGUGAAGCCAAACGGAGCUCUGAUGGGAUCUACCGAGCGAUAGAUAUCUACCUGGAGAAGCACAUAUAUUUGACAGAAAAGGAGAGGGAGAAGCUGUGUGAUGUUCUGGAUUGCAGCAGGAUGUCAGUUGAAGCGUGCCAGCACGCUGCGCAAAAUAACCGCUUACCCACCAGGUUGCUGGUGCAGAUUUUGUUUGCAGGGCAUAUGAUGUUGAAGGACACAGUGGGGAAGGAGAUGAUUCAGUCUUGUGGAGCUUUGAUGGUUGAGAAGAAAGAUGAAGGAGGAGGGGUGGAGUUAAGUGCAAGUGAAGAUGAUGAUCAUGAGGUAAAGGCAGAGAUUGAAAAGAUAGGGAACAAGGUGUUGGAGUUGGAGAAAGAAUGCAAUAAUGUGAGGAUGCAAAUUCAAAAAGGGGGUUUCAAUAACAGUAAGGAGAGGAAUGAGAAGAAGAAGAGUGUGUGGAAAGAAAUGAAGAGGAAGUUUGGGUGCAUGACCACCAUGCAUGACUGCAGCAACAGCCAUGUGCAGAAGAAGAAAAAGGUGCAUCCAAGAUAGUAUGUAGCAGACUCCAGUUGCCUUUUUUCAAUAAAUUUAUAUGAUCUGUCAUGUUAUUUGGCUGGGGUUAAUUGCUAUUGUCGUCCCUAAACUAUGCCAUUUUUGCCAUUUUUAGAUCCUCAAUAACUUUUUGUAUCCUUUAAUAAGGGAUGUAAUCCCUAUAAUGAAUUCAA